CAGGCGAUUAGGAUGAGUGAUCCGGAUUAGGGUACCCUCCAAGAUGGCGGUAACGUUCAAGUUUUCCCGUGUCUUCGUCGUGAUUUUUGCCUUGUUACUCCUGAACGGGGUACAUGUCAGAGCAGACGACGAGGCAGAAGAAGAGAAGACUGAUGCUGAAGUACCAGAGGAGACAGAACAGGAGGCUGUGGAGUAUGAUGGAGAAGAGGUGGAUGGUGAGGAUGAUGAUGAUGAUGAUGUGGAUGUAGAAGAAGACAACGGGGUUCUGGUUCUGACAGAUGAAAACUUUGACGACGUUGUGUCUGACAAGGACAUCAUCUUGGUGGAAUUCUAUGCACCCUGGUGUGGCCACUGUAAGAGCCUGGCCCCUGAGUAUGAGAAGGCAGCUAAGACCCUGAAGGCAGCUGACCCUCCUGUGCCGCUGGCUAAGGUAGAUGCUACAGUCCACACAAGGCUGGGCAGCAGGUUCUCUAUCCAAGGUUACCCCACACUUAAGAUCUUCAGGAAGGGAGAGCCAUACGACUACGAUGGGCCCAGACAAGAGGACGGUAUUGUGAACUACAUGAAAGAGCAGUCUGACCCUAACUGGGAGCCUCCACCUGAAGCUGUGGUCACCCUGACGGAGGAUAACUUUGAUGAGUUUGUUAACGACAAUGCCAUCACUCUGGUGGAGUUCUAUGCACCAUGGUGUGGCCACUGUAAGAAGCUGGCACCUGAGUAUGAGAAAGCUGCCCAGGUUCUGUCCAGAGACGGCAUCCUGCUAGGCAAGGUGGACGCAACACAGGAGAGUGACCUGGCUAAACGGUUUGACGUGUCAGGAUACCCUACACUGAAGAUCUUCAGGAAGGGAAAGGCAUAUGAAUACAAGGGGCCAAGGGAGGAAAGAGGUAUCGUCUCACACAUGAUUGAGCAGUCAGGGCCCAGUUCAGAUGAGUACAAGUCUCUGAAGAAUUUGAAGAACUUCGUCACAUCUGACGCUGUCAUCGUGGGCUUCUUUGAGAAUGACCAGGAUCCUCUCUUUCAAACCUACCUGGACUCAGGUAAUGACUUGCGAGAUGCCUAUGAGUUUGGCCACACGUUUGACGCUGAAGCCCGGAGCUUCUACAAGGUGAACCCAGGAACAGUCACCAUCAUACAGCCGGAGAAGUUCCAGUCUAAAUAUGAACCUAAGAUCAGGAUCUUUGACAAGGCUGAUGCCACUAUAAAGGACCUUCAGGACUGGUACAGUGAUAACAUCCGCCCACUGGUGGGAGAACUGACUACGCUGAACGAGAACAAGCGCUACGGAGAGGCACGGCCACUGGUCGUGGUCUUCUACGAUGUAGACUUCAGCUUUGAAUACAGAGAAGCCACUCAGAUCUGGAGGAGGAAGGUUCUGGAGGUUGCUAAAGACCACCGAGACGUGACGUUUGUCAUCGCUAAGGAGGACCUGCAGCAGGCCAAGCUGAGGGAGCUGGAGUUAGACGACAGCGGAGAGGAGGUUAACGUUGGGCUGUACGACACCACCAACAGGAAGUACCGCAUGGAGCCGGACGAGUUCAGCGAAGAUACGCUGAGAGAGUUCGUCGAGGCCUUCAAAAAUGGUGAGCUGAAACCAGUUAUCAAGUCCCAACCCGUCCCCAAGAAACAAGGUGCCGUCACCACCGUGGUGGGCAAGAACUUCGAGAAAAUCGUCAUGGACAAAUCCAAAGAUGUCUUGAUCGAGUUUUACGCUCCUUGGUGCGGCCACUGCAAGAAACUCGAGCCCAUCUACAAGGAACUGGGGAAGAAAUACAAGAACGCUAAAGACCUGGUCAUUGCUAAGAUGGAUGCCACAGCUAAUGACAUCCCUGACAGUGCCUUUGAAGUACAGGGUUUCCCAACCAUCUUCUUUGUAAAGAAAAAUGAUAAAAAGAAUCCCAUGAAGUUUGAUGGGGAUAGAGAUUUAGAUGGGUUUGUGAAAUACCUGGAGGAACAUGCUACGGUUUCUCUAGGAAUGGCAAAAGAAGAGUUGUAGGAGUUACUUUUGAGGAAACACAGUACAGGUGAACAUGUUGCAAUAUGACUUACACAGGCUUGGAGGCAGACUUUUGGGCAUUUCAGUUGUGAAUUGAUAUUUUAAAUUGCAAUGUUUCUUUUCAUUUGUGUACAUCAGCUAGGUGUCACCAAAGACAGUAUCCUCCUCCCUUUUCUUUGUUAUUUGCAUGCUAUGUUUUAGUUGAUACACUUUCAUUUGGCCACAGUAAACUGAAGCAUUCCAGUGCUGGUAUACAGUUUGCAUCUUUGUAUGUAUAUUUGGAAAUGUAUGGCAGCUUCAUGCUAUACUUAUAGGACCAAGUAUGGGUGCAGAACCCAUGUAGAUGCCUAUAUGUUGGGAGAAAUAACAUGAAGUCACAGAAUGAUUGUUUAAAUAGUUUUUGUUUUAUAGUUGUAUCAGGUUACCAGUAAUUGGUACUAUGCAGGAGGUGAAAUAGACAUCUAAUGAAAUUAAUUCUUGAAAGGUUUUCAAAAUACGAAGAGGAAACCUUAAUACCAUUCUCUUUUUCUUUUAGCAGUUUCUUUAUACUAUUAGGUAAACCUUUGGUGAUGUGUUUGUUAUGAAGGGAUCUCUCUCUGAAGCCUAUUUUGUAUGUAUGAAUGAAUGAAGACUGAACCACCUCUAAUUUUAGCACAGUAUUUGAAAGAUAUGUUGAAUCACUACAGGUUGUAGUGGUUCUAUUAAUGGGAAUAAAGGAAGCUGCUAAGCAGAAUAUUUUUCGUUGUGUGUAUUUUCCAUAUUAUGUUAGUAGCAAUAUACAUGUGCACAUCUAUUGGUCACCUAAAAAUUGAACAUGCACUUUCCUAUCCAUUCCUUAUA